AUGAAUAUAUGGCCUUUAAUGGUAUCCAGUGAGAAUUGUGAGAAAAUAGAUUGGCUUCAACCGUUUAAUAAUGAGAGCAGUUAUACUUGUAAUUCUAAUGGAUGGUUUGCUGAUCAAACCGACAAAGAAUGUCGACAAUAUUUUGUGUGCGUUACAAAUGGCGAAUCCUAUAUAAAAAUUUACUUAAAAUGUCCAACUGGAUCGUACUUCGAUAACACGAUUAACGAUUGUAGUGCAGAGUAUCUUUGUCCCUAUCAAACAAUACCCACUACUAAUAAACCAUCUACUGAACAAAUCAAAACAACAAGUACAUAUAAUAUUGAAGACACCUCCACCCAAACACACCGGAUAACCACAUAUGAAACUAAUUUAACAACUAGAGAAUCAGAAACACUAUCAACAGAAAAUACACCAACCACAUCUGGUAAUAAUAUAGCUUCCAGCACAGAAAGAGAAAUAACCGAGUCCACUAAAAACUUAUCAACUAGUGAAUCUGAUACCACAAUAUCGACUACACCAGAAAUUAGUACAACCGAACAACAACAAACAACGCCCAUUGACGAGUGUUCCUACAAUGACAAUCCUGAUUACUUUACCUGUACAGUUAAAGGCAGAUUCAGAAAUGCAAAUGAUAGAACCUGUAGAACCUAUUACCUCUGCAAUGUUUUAAGUAGUGGAAGAGUAAUCCAAACAAAAUAUACUUGUCCUUCAAACUCAAACUUUAAUCCUGUGAAACAGCUUUGCGAUGUAGAUUACAGCUGCCCCUGUCCUUCAGCACCAGAUACCACAACAACUUCAUCUCCUACCGUCACCACCAAUAACAAUAUAACGACUGAAGUUUCUACGGAGGAGCUAAUACCGACUACUGCAGUGACCACCGAAGGAAGCUCCAAUCAAAAUGUUACCGAUAGUAGUACAUCAAACAACGAGUCAACUGAAAAUGUAAAAACUACAUCAGACAAUGAUGUAAGUACCAACACAGAACCUGAAUUAACCACGUCCUCCAUAGUAUCCACUACAGACUCAUCAAUUAGUGAAUCCGAUACAACAAUAUCGACUACACCAGAAGUCACUACAACCGAACGACAACAAACAACACCAAUUGAUGAGUGUUCCUACAAUGACAAUCCUGAUUAUUUUACCUGUAGAGUAAAAGGCAGAUUCAGAAAUGCAAAUGAUAGAACCUGUAAAACCUAUUAUCUCUGCAAUGUUUUAAGUAGUGGAAGAGUAAUCCAAACAAAAUAUACUUGUCCUUCAAACUCCAAUUUUAAUCCUGUGAAACAGCUUUGCGAUGUAGAUUACAGCUGCCCCUGUCCUUCAGCACCAGAUAUCACUACAAUUUCAUCCCCUACCAUCACCACCAAUAACAAUAUACCGACUGAAGCUUCUACGGAGGAGAUAACAUUCACCACUGCAGUGACCACCGACAGAAAUAACAAUCAAAAUGUUACCGAUAGUAGUACAUCAAACACUGAGACCACUGAAAGUGUAACAAAUAUAUCAGACAAUGUUAUAAGUUCCAACACAGAACCAGAACUAACCACGUCCUCCAUAAUAUCCACUACAGACUCAUCAACUAGUGAAUCCGAUACAACCAUAUCGACUACACCAGAAGUUACUACAACCGAACAACAACAAACAACACUAAUUGAUGAGUGUUCCUACAAUGGCAAUCCUGAUUAUUUUACCUGUACAGUAAAAGGCAGAUUCAGAAAUGCCAAUGAUAGAACCUGUAAAACCUAUUAUCUCUGCAAUGUUUUAAGUAGUGGAAGAGUAAUCCAAACAAAAUAUAAUUGUCCUUCAAACUCAAACUUUAAUCCUGUAAAAGAGCUUUGCGAUAUAGAUUACAGCUGCCCCUGUCCUUCAGCACCAGAUACCACUACAACUCCAUCUCCUACCGUCACCGACAAUAACAAUAUAACAACUGAAGUUUCUACUGAGGAGAAAAUACCCACUACUGAAGUGACCACCGAAGGAAGUUCCAAUCAAAAUUUUACCGAUAGUAGUACCUCAAACAACGAGACAACUGAAAAUGUAACAACUACAUCAGACAAGGAUGUAAGUACCAACACAGAACCUGAACUAACCACGUCCUCCAUAAUAUCCACUACAGACUCAUCAACUAGUGAAUCCGAUACAACAAUAUCGACUACACCAGAAGUUACUACAACCGAACGACAACAAACAACACCAAUUGAUGAGUGUUCCUACAAUGGCAAUCCUGAUUAUUUUACCUGUACAAUAGAAGGCAGAUUCAGAAAUGCAAAUGAUAGAACCUGUAAAACCUAUUAUCUCUGCAACGUUUUAAGUAGUGGAAGAGUAAUCCAAACAAAAUACACUUGUCUUUCAAACUCAAAUUUUAAUCCUGUGAAACAGCUUUGCGAUGUAGAAUACAGCUGCCCCUGUUCUUUGGCACCAGACACUACAACAACUUCAUCUUCUACCGUCACCACCAACAACAAUAUAACGACUAAAGCUUCUACGGAGGAGAUAAAAUCCACUACUCCAGUGACCACUGAAAGAAAUACCAAUCAAAAUGUUACCGAUAGUAGUACAUCAAACAACGAGACUACUGAAAAUGUAACAACUACAUCAGAUAGUGAUGUAAGUACCAACACAGAACCUGAACUAACCACGUCCUCCAUAGUAUCCACUACAGACUCAUCAAGUAGUGUAUCCGAUACAACAAUAUCGACUACACCAGAAGUUACUACAACCGAACGAGAACAAACAACCCCCAUUGACGAGUGUUCCUAUAAUGACAAUCCUGAUUACUUCACCUGUACAGUUAAAGGUAGAUUCAGGAAUGCAAAUGAUAGAACCUGUAGAACUUAUUAUCUCUGCAAUGUUUUAAGCAGUGGAAGAGUAAUCCAAACAAAAUAUACCUGUCCUUCAAACUCAAACUUUAAUCCAGCGAAACAGCUUUGCGAUGUAGACUACAGCUGCCCCUGUCCUUCAGCACCAGACACUACUACAACUUCACCUUCUACCGUCACCACCAAUAACAAUAUAACGACUGAAGCUUCUACGGAGGAGAUAAAAUCCACUACUGCAGUGACCACCGAAAGAAAUACCAAUCAAAAUGUUACCGAUAGUAGUACAUCAAUAAACGAGACUACUGAAAAUGUAACAACUACAUCAGACAGUGAUGUAAGUACCAACACAGAACCUGAACUAACCACGUCCUCCAUAGUAUCCACUACAGACUCAUCAACUAGUGGAUCCGAUACAACAAUAUCGACUACACCAGAAGUAACUACAACCGAACGAGAACAAACAAUCCCCAUUGAUGAGUGUUCCUAUAAUGACAAUCCUGAUUACUUUACCUGUACAAUUAAAGGUAGAUUCAGGAAUGCAAAUGAUAGAACCUGCAGAACCUAUUAUCUCUGCAAUGUUUUAAGCAGUGGAAGAGUAAUCCAAACAAAAUAUACCUGUCCUUCAAAUUCAAACUUUAAUCCGGCGAAACAACUUUGCGAUGUAGACUACAGCUGCCCCUGUCCUUCAGCACCAGACACUACUACAACUUCAUCUUCUACCGUCACCACCAAUAACAAUAUAACGACUGAAGCUUCUACGGAGGAGAUAAAAUCCACUACUGCAGUGACCACCGAAAGAAAUACCAAUCAAAAUGUUACCGAUAGUAGUAUAUCAAACAAAGAGACUACUGAAAAUGUAACAACUACAUCAGACAAUGAUGUAAGUACCAACACAGAACCUGAACUAACCACGUCCUCCAUAGUAUCCACUACAGACUCAUCAACUAGUGAAUCCGGUAAAACAAUAUCGACUACACCAGAAGUUACUACAACCGAACGAGAACAAACAACCCCCACUGACGAGUGUUCCUAUAAUGACAAUCCUGAUUACUUUACCUGUACAGUUAAAGGUAGAUUCAGGAAUGCAAAUGAUAGAACCUGUAGAACUUAUUAUCUCUGCAAUAUUUUAAGCAGUGGAAGAGUAAUCCAAACAAAAUAUACCUGUCCUUCAAAUUCAAACUUUAAUCCGGCGAAACAGCUUUGCGAUGUAGACUACAGCUGCCCCUGUCCUUCAGCACCAGACACUACUACAACUUCAUCUUCUACCGUCACCACCAAUAACAAUAUAACGACAAAAGCUUCUACGGAGGAGAUAAAAUCCACUACUCCAGUGACCACUGAAAGAAAUACCAAUCAAAAUGUUACCGAUAGUAGUACAUCAAACAACGAGACUACUGAAAAUGUAACAACUACAUCAGACAGUGAUGUAAGUACCAACACAGAACCUGAACUAACUACGUCCUCCAUACUAUCCACUACAGACUCAUCAAGUAGUGUAUCCGAUACAACAAUAUCGACUACACCAGAAGUUACUACAACCGAACGAGAACAAACAACCCCCAUUGACGAAUGUUCCUAUAAUGACAAUCCUGAUUACUUUACCUGUACAGUUAAAGGUAGAUUCAGGAAUGCAAAUGAUAGAACCUGUAGAACUUAUUAUCUCUGCAAUAUUUUAAGCAGUGGAAGAGUAAUCCAAACAAAAUAUACCUGUCCUUCAAACUCAAACUUUAAUCCGGCGAAACAGCUUUGCGAUGUAGACUACAGCUGCCCCUGUCCUUCAGCACCAGACACUACUACAACUUCAUCUUCUACCGUCACCACCAAUAACAAUAUAACAACAAAAGCUUCUACGGAGGAGAUAAAGUCCACUACUCCAGUGACCACUGAAAGAAAUACCAAUCAAAAUGUUACCGAUAGUAGUACAUCAAACAACGAGACUACUGCAAAUGUAACAACUACAUCAGACAAUGAUGUAAGUACCACCACAGAACCUGAACUAACCACGUCCUCCAUAGUGUCUACUACAAACUCAUCAACUAGUGAAUCCGAUACAACACUAUCGACUACACCAGAAGUUACUACAACCGAACAACAACAAACAACCCCCAUUGACGAGUGUUCCUACAAUGAUAAUCCUGAUUAUUUUACUUGUACAGUGAAAGGCAGAUUCAGAAAUGCAAAUGAUAGAACCUGUAGAACCUAUUAUCUCUGCAAUGUUUUAAGCAGUGGAAGAGUAAUCCAAACAAAAUAUACCUGUCCUUCAAAUUCAAACUUUAAUCCGGCGAAACAACUUUGCGAUGUAGACUACAGCUGCCCCUGUCCUUCAGCACCAGACACUACUACAACUUCAUCUUCUACCGUCACCACCAAUAACAAUAUAACGACUGAAGCUUCUACGGAGGAGAUAAAAUCCACUACUGCAGUGACCACCGAAAGAAAUACCAAUCAAAAUGUUACCGAUAGUAGUAUAUCAAACAACGAGACUACUGAAAAUGUAACAACUACAUCAGACAAUGAUGUAAGUACCAACACAGAACCUGAACUAACCACGUCCUCCAUAGUAUCCACUACAGACUCAUCAACUAGUGAAUCCGGUAAAACAAUAUCGACUACACCAGAAGUUACUACAACCGAACGAGAACAAACAACCCCCACUGACGAGUGUUCCUAUAAUGACAAUCCUGAUUACUUUACCUGUACAGUUAAAGGUAGAUUCAGGAAUGCAAAUGAUAGAACCUGUAGAACUUAUUAUCUCUGCAAUAUUUUAAGCAGUGGAAGAGUAAUCCAAACAAAAUAUACCUGUCCUUCAAAUUCAAACUUUAAUCCGGCGAAACAGCUUUGCGAUGUAGACUACAGCUGCCCCUGUCCUUCAGCACCAGACACUACUACAACUUCAUUUUCUACCGUCACCACCAAUAACAAUAUAACGACAAAAGCUUCUACGGAGGAGAUAAAAUCCACUACUCCAGUGACCACUGAAAGAAAUACCAAUCAAAAUGUUACCGAUAGUAGUACAUCAAACAACGAGACUACUGAAAAUGUAACAACUACAUCAGACAGUGAUGUAAGUACCAACACAGAACCUGAACUAACUACGUCCUCCAUACUAUCCACUACAGACUCAUCAAGUAGUGUAUCCGAUACAACAAUAUCGACUACACCAGAAGUUACUACAACCGAACGAGAACAAACAACCCCCAUUGACGAAUGUUCCUAUAAUGACAAUCCUGAUUACUUUACCUGUACAGUUAAAGGUAGAUUCAGGAAUGCAAAUGAUAGAACCUGUAGAACUUAUUAUCUCUGCAAUAUUUUAAGCAGUGGAAGAGUAAUCCAAACAAAAUAUACCUGUCCUUCAAACUCAAAAUUUAAUCCGGCGAAACAGCUUUGCGAUGUAGACUACAGCUGCCCCUGUCCUUCAGCACCAGACACUACUACAACUUCAUCUUCUACCGUCACCACCAAUAACAAUAUAACGACAAAAGCUUCUACGGAGGAGAUAAAGUCCACUACUCCAGUGACCACUGAAAGAAAUACCAAUCAAAAUGUUACCGAUAGUAGUACAUCAAACAACGAGACUACUGCAAAUGUAACAACUACAUCAGACAAUGAUGUAAGUACCACCACAGAACCUGAACUAACCACGUCCUCCGUAGUGUCUACUACAAACUCAUCAACUAGUGAAUCCGAUACAACACUAUCGACUACACCAGAAGUUACUACAACCGAACAAGAACAAACAACCCCCAUUGACGAGUGUUCCUACAAUGAUAAUCCUGAUUAUUUUACUUGUACAGUGAAAGGCAGAUUCAGAAAUGCAAAUGAUAGAACCUGUAGAACCUAUUAUCUCUGCAAUGUUUUAAGCAGUGGAAGAGUAAUCCAAACAAAAUAUACCUGUCCUUCAAAUUCAAACUUUAAUCCGGCGAAACAGCUUUGCGAUGUAGACUACAGCUGCCCCUGUCCUUCAGCACCAGACACUACUACAACUUCAUCUUCUACCGUCACCACCAAUAACAAUAUAACGACUGAAGCUUCUACGGAGGAGAUAAAAUCCACUACUGCAGUGACCACCGAAAGAAAUACCAAUCAAAAUGUUACCGAUAGUAGUAUAUCAAACAACGAGACUACUGAAAAUGUAACAACUACAUCAGACAAUGAUGUAAGUACCAACACAGAACCUGAACUAACCACGUCCUCCAUAGUAUCCACUACAGACUCACCAACUAGUGAAUCCGGUAAAACAAUAUCGACUACACCAGAAGUUACUACAACCGAACGAGAACAAACAACCCCCACUGACGAGUGUUCCUAUAAUGACAAUCCUGAUUACUUUACCUGUACAGUUAAAGGUAGAUUCAGGAAUGCAAAUGAUAGAACCUGUAGAACUUAUUAUCUCUGCAAUAUUUUAAGCAGUGGAAGAGUAAUCCAAACAAAAUAUACCUGUCCUUCAAGCUCAAACUUUAAUCCGGCGAAACAGUUUUGCGAUGUAGACUACAGCUGCCCCUGUCCUUCAGCACCAGACACUACUACAACUUCAUCUUCUACCGUCACCACCAAUAACAAUAUAACGACAAAAGCUUCUACGGAGGAGAUAAAAUCCACUACUCCAGUGACCACUGAAAGAAAUACCAAUCAAAAUGUUACCGAUAGUAGUACAUCAAACAACGAGACUACUGAAAAUGUAACAACUACAUCAGACAGUGAUGUAAGUACCAACACAGAACCUGAGCUAACCACGUCCUCCAUAGUGUCCACUACAGACUCAUCAAGUAGUGUAUCUGAUACAACAAUAUCGACUACACCAGAAGUUACUACAACCGAACAACAACAAACAGCCUCCAUUGACGAGUGUUCCUACAAUGAUAAUCCUGAUUAUUUUACUUGUACAGUGAAAGGCAGAUUCAGAAAUGCAAAUGAUAAAACCUGUAGAACCUAUUAUCUCUGCAAUGUUUUAAGCAGUGGAAGAGUAAUCCAAACAAAAUAUACUUGUCCUUCAAACUCAAACUUUAAUCCUGCGAAACAGCUUUGCGAUGUAGAUUAUAGCUGUCCCUGUCCUUCAGCACCAGACUCUGCUACAACUUCAUUUCCGACCGUCACCACGAAUAAUAAUAUAACGACUGAAAUUUCUAGGGAGGACGAGAUAAUAUCCACUACUGUAGUGACCACAGAAAGAAAUAACAAUCAAAAUGUUACUGAGAGUAGUAUAUCAAACACCAAUUCAACUGAAAAUGUACCAACUACAUCAGACAAUGAUGUAAGUACCAACACAAAACCUGAACUGACCACGUCCUCUAUAAUAUCUACUACAGACUCAUCAACUAGUGAAUCCUAUACAAAUGUAUCGACUACAGCCACAAUCACUACAACCGAGCAACAGCAAACAGCGCACAUUGACGAGUGUUCCUAUAAUGACAAUCCUCAUUACUUUAACUGUACAGUAAAAGGCAGAUUCAGAAAUGCAAAUGAUAGAACCUGUGGAACCUAUUAUCUCUGCAAUGUUUUAAGCAGUGGAAAAGUAAUUCAAACAAAAUAUACCUGUCCUUCAAACUCAAACUUUAAUCCUGCGAAACAGCUUUGCGAUGUAGACUAUAGGUGUCCCUGUCCUUCAGCACCAGACACUACAACAACUGCAUCUUCGACUGUACAAGAAAUUAGUACAUUGCUUCCGACCGAUAAGGUAACUACAGAAGGAAUUGGCUUGAAUUCCUCCACAACAGAAACAGUGCAAAUUGAUGUCUGUAUUUAUGAAGAAGACCCAGACUAUUUUACUUGCACAACGUCUGGAAAUUUUCCUAAUCUUAAUGACAUAAGCUGCAAAACAUAUUUCUUUUGCAUAAAUAUUGUCGAUCCAAUACUUUUAAUCAAGUCGCAAUAUACGUGUGAUAAAGACACCUACUUUAAUCCCUUGACCAAAACUUGUGAGGCUGAAUAUGUUUGCCCUUGUAUUGGCCGGACCUCUAGCAGUACAAAUAACAUAAUACAAACAACAUCUACUAGCUCGACAGAGUCUAUAGAUACUUCGCCUAAAACCGAUGGAAGUACUAGUCAGGACGUAAGCAGUAGUACUGCAUCGACUACGCUUGAUAGUAAUACAACUUCCAGCCGGUCUGUACCCAUCACAGGUAAUUCAGACUCCACAACUAGGGAUACAGAAUCUACAACAACAUCCUCUAAUCCAGGAACUAGUACUCCUGGUCAACAAGAAACAACACCCAUAGAUGAAUGUUCCCACAAUGAUGAUCCUAAUUACUUUAUCUGUACAGAAAAAGGAAGAUUUAGAAAUGCAAAUGACAGAACUUGUGAAACCUACUACUUGUGUAACGUUCUUAGAAGUGGAAGGAUUAUUCAAACCAAAUACAAUUGUCCUAGUGGCUCAAACUUUAACCCAAUCAAACAACUUUGUGAUGUAGACUAUAAAUGCCCAUGUGUGUCUUUAAUAAAUACGACCACGACCAUAAACUGAUGAAGUAACUGACAUUAACAGUUAGAAAACAAACAAUUGUGUUAUGUAGCUCAUAAAAUGUCCUGUUAAUGAAGCAUAUUAUGUAUUUAUGAAAAAUAUAUAUUUGUUACUAUCUUCAAAGCCUACUCUUUAAUUUUAAAGUUUUACAUAAAAACCUGGUUGGAAUGAAAACCAUAUUGUUGUAAUUAAUAAAUUCAUAUGAUGAAUGACAAAAUGACAAAAGAUGGAAAAAAAAAUACAUUUUAUGUUGUGAGAUAGUACGAUCGUAAAGGUAGUUCUUAUACGUGGUAAGUUGACUUCAAUCAUAAUUAUAUGUAUGACAUCGAAAAACCUCAAAAAAAAUUAUUCUUGAUUAGACAAUAAUUUAAUUUUGAAUUAAAAAAUGACUACUAAUUAGACUGCUUUAUUGUCUACAAUCAGUUUUUACUUUAUGCCAAAUUAAAAAAAUGUUACAACGUGAAAUGAAGUAAACACUUCUGUUGUAUGUAGGCAUAUAUGAAUUUAUUAAAAAAUCCUUAAAAUUUAUCCACGAAGGAGUGGAAGUGCAAAACGUUUUCGGUCAGAUUGACCAUCAUCAGUGUAAACCUGGAAAUAAGUAAACCACUAAGAUUAAAAAGCAAAAGCGUGAAAUUUUGACAGUUGAAAAAAUUUUAAGAAAAUGUGCUUACUUAAGUAACCAAGUAAUUAAGUUACAAUUACUUGUACGUGUGUACAAGUAAUUGAAACUAGUUACUUCAAUAGGUAUAAAAAGUGGUCGACAUUAAGUCGAUGUCUUAAAAUUUAAAGAUCACAUGUGAAUGUAUUUCAUCCUUGCUCGAAAAUUGCACAAGGUAAGUACUUGUGUUCAGGUGAGAGGUUACGAACCAACUGAUUAGACAGUUUGGUGCCAGAACUAUAUGACAAGAUGUCAAAGGAAGUUAGGUGGAUUUUUCAUCUGUCAACCGAAAAAAUUUUAAGCAAAGAGAUUAAUAUUUAGUUUUCAUUGGUAUAUUGAAAAAUGCAGGUAUUAAAAAGUUUAAUGUGAGUUCUAAUUUAAAAUUAAGGUAAUACAUUCCUUAGUACAAACUGAAUUUAAAAGCAAAAAUCUGCUCUUGCUUUGUACUAAGGAAUGUGUUACCUUAAUUUUAAAUUAGAACUCACAUUAAACUUUUUAAUACCUGCAUUUUUCAACAUACCAAUUAAAACUAAAUAUUAAUCUCUUUGUUUAAAAUUUUUUCGGUUGACAGAUGAAAAAUCCACCUAACUUCCUUUGACAUCUUGUCAUACAUUUCUGGCACCAAACUGUCUAAUCAGUUGGUUCGUAACCUCUAACCUGAACACAAGUACUUACCUUGUGCAAUUUUCGAGCAAGGAUGAAAUACAUUCACAUGUGAUCUUUAAAUCUUAUACAAUCUUAUAAACAAUAAUGUAUUUUAGAGGUUUUUAUACCUAUUGAAGGGGCUAGUUUCAAUUACUUGUACACUGGACGUAAGUAACCACAUUUUCUUAAAUUUUUUUCAACUGUCAAAAUUUCACCCUUUUGCUUUUUAAUCUUAGUGGUUUACUUAUUUCCAGGUUUACACUGAUGAUGGUCAGGCUGACCGAAAACGUUUUGUACUUCCACUCCUUCCUGGAUAAUUUUAAGGAUUUUUUAAUAAAUUCAUAUAUGCAUACAUACAACAGAAGUGUUUACUUCAUUCCACGUUGUUAUAUUGAAGGUAUACAGCCAACUACAGGGUUUACUCCCUUUUUAAAGUUAAAAAAAAAUGGUAGUGUUCGACGUCAUAAGAAUAAUUAUGACUGAAGUCAACUAGCUCUCAAGCUAAGGUUUUAAUGUGGAAACUAUCGAUUGUCGUAAUGUUAUGUAAUGUAAAUUUAUAGGUUUCUUUGGAUAAUUUCCCACCUCUACUAAUUUGAUCUCUUUGUAUUUCACAACGGAUUAUGUUUUCCAUUUUUUGGGUUAUUUUGCCGGUUUGUACUCAUCACUAUAUACAUCUACUUUACACAAUUCUUUCUUUCAUACAAUGUCAUAAUAAAAUACGUACAAAACUCUUUAAUUGAAGCGUUUAUUUGAAAAACAACACUUGCCUAUUUUCGCAAAUUGGACUUUAUGUAUUCUUCUCAGAAUAGUAGUUUCUUUAUUCAUCUGACACAUUCAGUUGUGUAAAAAUCUCAGAUAUCCGGAGUAAACUACAUAAAACAUAGAACAUUUGGAUAGUAGGUAUUAGACAAACAACAGAUGUCUGGGAAGUUUUUCUUGUUUUGACAAAAUUUUAAUUUUUGGACAAGUGUUGUUUUUCAAAUAAUCGCUUCAAUUGUAAUGUUAUUUUUAAGCUCAUAUCAACAAUAUCGAAUAUAAUAAUAGCAGUUAAGUAUUACCAUGUUGGUAUAUUUUCCUUGUUUAUAAACUGUAUAAAAAAUUCUAAGCAGAAAAAUGUGAUACUUUAAAAGAUUUGAAAAAUGUCUUUAAUACGUUAAGUACAUUAUAUGUAUGUAAAAGUAUAAUAAAUUAAUUGCAAAUGAA